AUGCUGAAAAUUGUUCUAAUCGCUUGCUUGGUCGUGGUGGCCGUCUCGGCGCAGUACUUUGGUGGUGAAGAAUCUGGUGGAUUGGGAGAGGAAGGUGGCCACGGUGGGGGUGAGGAACACCAGGAUUACUACGCCUAUCCAAAGUACAAGUUCGAAUACGGCGUGAAUGAUCACAAAACCGGUGACCACAAGAGCCACUGGGAAAUUCGUGACGGUGAUGUUGUGAAGGGUCAGUACUCCCUCCAUGAAGCCGACGGUACGGAACGUGUGGUCGAAUACAAAUCGGACAAGCACUCUGGAUUCGAAGCUCACGUCAAGCGGGUCGGUCACGGACAGCAUCCGCAGCUGUACGGGGAACAUCACGAGGAAAGCCACGGAAGCAUCGGUGAUUACGAGCACGAUCAUGCCUUCAGCUACAACAACCAACAGCAUCAUCAUCUGUAAGCACGG